AUGAAUGAAAGAUCAAAUUUAUCUACAUCUAAACCAAAUCGAGAAGAACAACCACCAUUACGUCGACGUGGUGUUUCGUUCCAUGGUCUACCACUUCGUGAACAAUCAACACAGAUUCUUCCAUCCGAAACACCUAUUCUUGUUGAUUAUGCUUCAAUUCGUGAACGUAAACAACUCAAUUUAAGUGAUUUUCUUCGUUCAGACAAUCCAAUUACUUUCUUCUUGUUUACUUUUUGGCAUGCUGUAUGUUUUUUUGGUCGUCUCUUAAUAUUACCAUUCAUUUUUAUUAAAUAUCUCUAUCGUUUAAUGUUACGAGUCUAUGGCGUACGAUGUUCAAAUAAGCCAACAACAACAAGUGAUCUUUUGUCAGACUCAUCAUUACAAUCUUCAACAUCACAACAGAGACCUAUUGUUUGGAUAUUAACAUUGAUUGAUUAUAUUAUUAUUCAAUUGAUUAGAUUACCAGAUACUAUAAAAAAUAUAAUCUAUUCAAUAUAUAAACAUAUUGAUGGAACUGUUUCAAAAUCAUUCAAUCUUAUUGAUGCAUCUACUAGUCAUCAAAUAACAAAAACAUAUUCCAUGUUUAAACGUAUACUUUUUGAAAAAAGUACUCAUUUAAAAUCGAAAACCAAAAGAUAA